UUCUUGGUCGUGGCUGGCGUGGUGGUUCCGUGAGCGAGGGAAGGACCAAGGACCAAGGCAGGGGGAAAGGCAAAGGUGCGCGCGCGUGGGUGGGCGUGAGCAAGGUGGAGCCAUGUCGUUCUUGGGCAGCGAGUGGCGCGGGCGACGGAGUCGGAUGCGGACUUCGCCAUCAUCGAACUUUAUCUCGGACAUGCAGGAUGUGGUGAACACGAUCCGUAUGACCCGGACGUCGUCGACCCAGUAUCUGGAUCGCCUGCUGGACACGUAUGGGUCGGCUCUGGAUCCAUCCCAGCGUCCGCGUCCGCAUCCGCCACAGACGAGCUUUGACGGCUACACGUAUCCGCCGGUUUCAGGAGGGACAGGGGCGAGUGGCGUUGGCGGAAGCGGCGGCGGCGGCAGGGCAGAGUAUCUGCAUUUGCCGGACGGGGCCGGCGAUGGCGGCGGCGGGCACGGGUCAAUCUCGAGCGGUGACGGGUCAUCGAUGUCGCGGCCACUGCUGUCGCCGCAGGCGACGCCUACGGGCUUGCCGCCGCUGGCGUUUCCGCUUGUGGAAGGAAGUAGGAUUGGCGGCGGCGGCGGCGGCGGUGGCGGUGGUGAUGGGAUUGAUGACGGGGCAGACGACUCGGCGCCGAUGGCGUCGUCGGCAGGCACGCCGCGGUCUGCACGGCACUCGCGGUCGCUCUCGAUGAUGUCCGGGCGGUCGUUUGGCGGUGAGGAAAUGCCACAGGUCGAGUUGCCAUCGUUCCGGCAGCUGGUGGAGUCUGGAGUGCCGUUUGUGCUCAUUCUUCUGACGAUUUUUAUGUUCCAUCACUUGGUGGGCAUUGCGGUGAGCCUGUGGCUGGGGACUGUGUUUUACUUUUCAAACGUGCACCUCAAGGUGCAUGUUGCGCGACGGGCAGAGCGGUCACGGGGAGUGCUCGCGGGCAUUCUCGCGGCGAUGGUUGUGCAUGUUGCGGUGGUGCAGAAGCUGUUCCGGUCAGCAGACCUUGACAAGCGGCUACUGCUGCUUCCGCCGCCCGAGCCGCUUCCGCUCGACGCGAUUGUGUGGGCGCUGGUGCUCAAUGAUUUCUGCGUUCGGUUUGUGGCGAUUGCACUCAAGGCUGGUGUGGUGAUGUGGUGGUCGAACUGGGGCGCGACGCGCGAGCGCGGGCAGAUACUCUCGAUGAUCGAGCUGACGCUCAACCUGUACCGGUCUGUGCUCCCAAUCCCACUGUGGUACACGUACUUUACGACGCAGGACUACGGAGUUGUCCUCUCUGCGCUGCUCACGCUCCAGUACGUGGCGUCCAAGCUGUAUCUACUGACAGAGCACGUGGCGCUGUACCUCGACUCGCUGCUCGCACUGUGGCGGGCGCACAACCAGUUCUCGGUCCCGGCGACCAAGGCGCAGAUUAUGGAGCACGGCGACAUUUGCCCGAUCUGCCAGGACGACUUUGAGGACGCGGUCAUUCUGCCGUGCAAGCACAUGUUCUGCGAGUCGUGCGUCACCGAGUGGUUCCACUACAACAAGACGUGUCCGAUGUGCCGGGCCGAGAUCCCGAUUGCCGAGACCAUUGCCCGGUCCGACGGGCAUACGUCGAUGAUGGCGAUUCUGUUCUACGGGUCGGACGAGGCCGGCAGUGGCGGCGGGAGCAACACGGGGCCGGAGAGCAUUCUGCCGCUGCCUGUGGGAGCAGGAGUAACACUGCUUCGGCUGGGGUCUAUUGUGGUGGACCGGCUGGCGUUCCACUCGCGCAAGUACGUGUACCCGGCCGGGUACAAGUCGUCGCGGUCGUGGUGGUCGGCGGUGAACCCGACUGAGCACACGACGUACACCUCGGAGGUUAUUGAUGCUGGCGGGAGAGCGCCCAUUUUCCGAGUCACACCAGCAGACAAUCCCGAGUCGGCGACGCAUGCUGACAACGCGACCGGAGCAUGGACGCCGUUCUCGAAGAUUGUCAACGAGGCGCGCGGGAUCUCGUUUAACGUCUCGGGACCGCACUUUUACGGCUUCUCGUCGUCGAUCACCCGGGCGCUUAUCGAGUCGCUGCCGGGUAUCAGUGAUCUCGCCAACUACAUUCCAAUGGACGCCGAGCUUCGGGCGUCGGCAGAGGAGGACAUCCGCAAGCAGCGCGCACUGGCGGCGGCGGCAUCGCGGUCCGGCAACACGAGCGUGCCGCGCAAGCGCAAGCGGUCGUCGAAGAAGGCUAGCGCGUCGUCGGCAAAGCGAAGCGGAGGGGUGGGCGGCGACGGCGAAGGCGACGACCGGUCGCCAAAGCGAGCCAAGCGGAUGAACUACGCAGCGCCCGAGGGCGUGGUCGUGCCGCGUCUGAUGAGCCACGAGGAGUAUGAGGCGUCCGGGCUUCCUCGGACGCAAGUCCGGUUCAUCAAGGCCGAGCCAGAGUAUGACGAGCACGGCAUGCCUGUAAUGCCGGUGGAGAUUGGGCAUACGGUGGUCAUUGCGCUCGGGAAGAUUGUCCACGACCGGCCGGGCUUCCACUCGACAAAGUACAUCUGGCCGGUCGGCUUCCGGUCGGUCCGCAAGUUCCCGUCAAUCGUCGACCCUGAGGUGAGGGUGCCAUACUACUGCGAGAUUGCCGACGGCGGGCACAAGCCAAUUUUCCGGCUCACCCCGUCCGACCGCGCCAAUGAGGCGUUUGAGGGCGACUCGGCGACCGGAGUGUGGCGGCAGGCUCUGGCGAGCGUCAACGACACCAAGAUCCGACUCGGCCAGACAGACAACAUGCUCCUUUUUGGCUUUGCCAACAACACGGUCGCAUUCCUCAUCCAGAACCUCCCAAAGGCCGACAAGUGCCCGCUCUAUCGCAAGCAAGUCUUUGCACUCGCGGUGCCACGCAACGCGGCGGAGACCCGUGGGCGGCCAACCAUCUCGCAGACGUACGGUUCGCAGUCGGAGGCGUACAAGUCGUCGCGGGCGUCGCCGCGGGCCGGUAGCCGAGCUGCGCUCUCGCCUUUGGCCACCCAUUCGGAGAUGGCUGGCCCGAACGGCGCGGCAGCAAUUUCGCUCGCAGCGCUCAAGUCGGAGCGGGUGGCGAACGGGCUGCUUGCCUCGCCGCAGGUUGCCAAGCCCGAGGCGGCGCUCGAGUCGAGUCUCGCCUCGCCGCGGCAUCACUUGCCGCAGGCGAGUUCUGCUGGCACGAGCGAGUCGCUCUUUGCCAAGUUUGAUCCCCACAACAUUGCCGCCCCGGAGCGAAUCGCCAGUGGCGGACGCAGCGAAGGCGGGCGCGGCGACGGCAGCAGCGUGAGCGGGCGCAGCGGGCGUGGCGGACUCGUGCUCGGCAGCUCGAUCCUCGGCCCGCCGCGGAUUUUUGGCCUUAAUGCGUUUGCGCAGCCGUCGUCGCGAGUCCAGCGCAUCCUGCAUCUCCAGCCGGACACGGUGUACACCGGCAGUACCCGACAUGACCCAGUGCCACGGCCCGAGCCUGUCUCUGCGAUCUCGGCUGACCUCUUGGCGCGAUACCGUGUGCUUGUGGAGGCACAAUUGUAG